CAGUCUUCGGAUCCAUACUGACAGUCGGUGCAAUGAUUGGCGCAAUUACCGGAGGACCAAUCGCCGAUUUUAUCUGCCGUAAAUGGACGAUGAGAAUGGCAAGCGCUUUUUGCGUAGCAGGAUGGCUUGCUAUUUACUUUGCUGAGGGAGCACUUGCUCUGGAUAUCGGAAGGUUGGCCACGGGAUAUGGAAUGGGAGUCUUUUCCUAUGUGCUUAUGAUCUGUGCCGGAGUGUCCGUUUCCUUCAUAAUCGGGACAGUAUUAGGUUGGAGGGUUUUGGCAUUAAUUGGUCUAAUCCCUUGUGCAGUCCUGCUGUUCGGUCUGUUUUUCAUUCCAGAGUCGCCUAGAUGGCUGGCGAAAGCGGGCCGCGAAAAGGAUUUCGAAGCCAUGCUGCAGAAACUCCGUGACAAGGACGCAGAUAUUUCUGAAGAGGCCGCUGAAAUACAUCACUAUAUUGAAACUCUUCAACGGCUGCCGAAAGCCAGCGUGCUGGAUUUAUUUCAGAGAAGAUAUCUGAGCUCCAUCAUCAUUGGUGUUGGAUUGAUGGUCGUCCAACAGUUUGGAGGGAUAAAUAGCAUCUGUUUCUAUACAAGCAAUAUUUUCGAGGAAGCAGGUUUCUCCUCCAGUGUUGGAACCAUAACUUACGCCAUCCUCCAGGUUAUUGUCACGGCUAUAGGCGCUGCACUGGUCAAUAGAGCUGGGAGAAAGCCCCUUCUCUUGAUCUUGGGGACAGGAUUGGUCCUGGGAUGCAUAAUAACUGCCCUUUCGUUUUUCUUUAAGGUUCAUGAACUGGCAGCUGAUGCUGUCCCGAUACUUGCCGUCACCGGCAUUCUGCUAUACAUAGCGGCAUUUUCGACUGGAAUGGGGGUGGUUCCUUGGGUCGUGAUGUCUGAGAUUUUCCCCAUCAAUAUCAAAGGAGUUGCUGGAGGUUUUGCAACACUGGUGAACUGGUUCGGCGCUUGGGCAGUUUCCUACGCUUUCAACUACUUCGUGAGCUGGAGCUCCUAUGGUACCUCACUUCUUUACGCGGCGAUUAACACCGCGGGGAUGGUGUCCGUGAUCAUGGUGGUUCCCGAAACGAAAGGGAGGAGUCUUGAGCAGACUCAAGCAGCCAUCAACACAGAAUGAAAACGGGAACAUCACAAGUCAUUACUCAUUGCUUUUCCUUGUAGUAUCAUUUGAGCUUAUAGGACACCUCCAAUUCCACACAUUCAGAGAUGGAAGAUGAUUAUGAAGCAGGCAACAACAAUUUUCAUUUGAUAGAACGGGAUUAUUGCUGAGAUACGUCAGUUCUUUCCUUGAGUGGUUCUAUUAUGGGAAAGAGAUGACGGUAAUAUUCAUAGAUCAAGCACAAUUACGAGGGAGUGAUUGUAAUAUUGAAGUUGACAGUGAAGAA